GGGGGAAUGGUUACUUCUCCAUUCCAGUUGAGGAAUAUGAACCUCAGAGAGCUCAGGUCACUUUCCAAGUUUACAGAUAUAUACAAAGACUAGAGAGAGAACUAAUUAGCUGACCUACCACGGACACCAAGAUCUUGCGUGAUGUGUAAGAACUGCUCAGUGGUGAAAAUGCACAGAAGGCAGAAGUAACACUGCUAUGGAAAGACAGAUAAGGAAUAUAUGAGUCCCUAGAGGCCAGCCAGACGCUCCCAAACACACGUGAGAGAAUUUCAAAGAGUGUAUGAAGUAGUUAAAAAAAUCUUCUCUGCUUAUCAAAUCUCCCAUCUUUGUUUCUUCUCUAAGAAUUCGUGUUUAUAAUUCUGAACUCGAAUACAGUUUCCCAGCCAAGGAAAUACUGAAUCUGCAAUCACUGUCAAACAACUGAAUGAACUUGACUUAGUCAUGUAUCUCACUGGUGUGUUUGUUCACAUCUCUGAAAUGGAAUAUCUAUUUACCUUGUGUAUCUAACAGGUUCUAAGUAUAUAUUUAGAGUGCUGAGAGAAUCUUAAGAAAGUGAAAGUGCUUUGUAUGUUAUAUGAUGUAUAAAUAGCAAUCGUUUUUCCGAGCAGGUGACUGAGGACAUUUUGACCAAAGAUGGAAAACGUACUGUGGCUUCUUUGGCUAUUCUCUCCAAGGAGACAUGAUAUCUGUUUGGAACAUUAAAAAAACAAAACAAAACAAACAAACAAAACCACACAAGGAUUCUGGGUAGGUAGAUAUAAGGUAAUUCCACGUGUCACUCUUAACUAUACAUUUAAAUAUUGUAUAUAUUUUUUUGCUUUGUCAUUGUUAAAAUGGAUAGAGCAAUAUUUCCUAGGACAAAUUGAGGGCAUAAGAGUGCCUGGGACCAUCACUUGUUGGUUUGGAUGCCCUGAUUGGACACACUUUUGGUAAAUGGGAAUUUCAAGUGAUUCCAAACAGGAAGGACCCGGGACUUGCACUGUAUAACAGACGAACCUUUCGUAAUUCUGUUGCAACUUAGAGAGUUUCGCAUGACUUUUAAAGGGCAUGACUCACAACCAACAUUUCCUUCUCUAUUUUUGUGUAGUUGGUCUUUUUUUCACUGUUUCAUAUGAACUCGAUUAUGUAGCAGUUUCUUUUUGUAUCUUGGCUAAGACAAACCGAGUUACAUGGUACAAGAUAAAGCAAAUGAAUAAUACUUAGUAGCUUAACAAAUAAGGUAUGAUACAUUUUCCUGGAGGUGGUUUCAUGGUAAAUCAAAGUGAAUUAGCAAAGUCCAAAUCUUUCUUGAUCUACAGAUAUAAAUUCCUUCCCCACAGAGCUUUUGAGUUUCUUGUCCAUUUGUACACAUUCACUUGUUCAUCCAUUAGUGUAGUGACUGAGACAGGAUGCUCUUAGGUAAAUAUGUGUUAAACGAACAAUUAAUCUCCUUUUGCUCAUUUGGUAAGAAACUAAUGUGAAGUUUGAUUAUUGUUGGAGCUAGAAUAGGACAAACCUGUGAUUCGUGUGUCAAGACUGAGAAUCAGACUAAUAGCUGCAGCAACAAGUUGGUCUCACAUGCAGUAUUCUGACAUUGCUAAGGUUAUGCUUGCUGACAUUUUCCAUUGUUCUUAAUUCCUAGCAGAGAAAAAAAAAAACAGCAUGAGGUGGGUGAACCAGAGCAAGGUGUCCAGCUUCCUUCUGCUGGGGCUCCCAAUUGACCCAGAGCAGCAGGGCGUGUUCUUUGCUCUGUUCCUGGGCAUGUAUCUGACCACGGUGCUGGGGAACCUGCUCAUCGUCCUGCUCAUCAGGCUGGACUCGCGCCUCCACACCCCCAUGUACUUCUUCCUCAGCCACUUGGCCUUCUCUGACAUCGCCUUCUCUUCUGUCACUGUCCCGAAGACGUUAAUGAACAUGCAGACUCAGGAUCGAUCCAUCCCCUACGCAGGAUGCAUAACACAGAUGUAUUUUUUCAUACUUUUUGGCUGUCCUGACAAUUUCCUCCUUGCGGUGAUGGCAUAUGACAGAUAUGUGGCUAUCUGUCGCCCACUGCACUAUGUCACUCUCAUGAGGGAGAAGCUGUGUGUCUCCUUGGUAGCUGUGUCCUGGCUUUUCUCUGGAGCUCAUGCCCUGUUACACACUGUCCUCCUGGCCCAGCUGAUGAGGAGUGACAACCACAGCAGUGUGUCAGAGUUUCAUCUCCUGGGACUCCCCAUUCGCCCAGAGCAGCAGGGCGUGUUCUUUGCUCUGUUCCUGGGCAUGUAUCUGACCACGGUGCUGGGGAACCUGCUCAUCGUCCUGCUCAUCAGGCUGGACUCGCGCCUCCACACCCCCAUGUACUUCUUCCUCAGCCACUUGGCCUUCAGUGACAUCGCCUUCUCUUCUGUCACUGUCCCGAAGAUGUUAAUGAACAUGCAGACUCAGGAUCGAUCCAUCCCCUACGCAGGAUGUAUAACACAGAUGUAUUUUUUCAUAUUUUUUACUGAUCUGGACAAUUUCCUUCUCACUGCCAUGGCAUAUGAUCGCUAUGUGGCCAUCUGUCACCCCCUCCAGUACACAACCAUUCUGAGAGCGGGGCUGUGUGCCUUCCUAGUAGCUGUGUCCUGGAUCCUUUCUUGGGCCAGUGCUCUGUCCCACACUCUUCUCCUGGCCCGGCUGUCCUUUUGCGCUGACAACACCAUCUCCCAUUUCUUCUGUGACCUGGCUGCUCUACUCAAACUCUCUUGCUCAGACACCUCCCUUAACGAGCUGGUCAUCUUCACUGUGGGUGUGGCAGUCAUUACCCUGCCGCUAAUAUGCAUCCUGAUUUCUUAUGGCUGCAUUGGGGCCACCAUUUUGAAAGUUCCAUCUGCCAAAGGGAUCUGCAAAGCCUUGUCCACAUGUGGCUCCCACCUCUCUGUGGUGUCUCUGUAUUAUGGCACAAUUAUUGGUCUCUAUUUUUUCCCCUCCUCUAGUGCCUCCCGUGACAAGGGCACCAUAGCCUCAGUGAUGUACACAGUGGUCACCCCAUUGCUGAAUCCUUUCAUCUACUGCUUAAGGAACAGGGACAUGAAAAGGGCUCUGGAGAAGCUCUUGUGCAAGGCAAAGAUCUCAUCUCAAUGA